AUACUUACACAUUAAUUCCACUUAAACAUGGAGAGAGCAAACACUAAAUCUUCUUUGAAGUUUGUCAAGAACACUUCACCUUCUUCAUCUCAAUGGAGUAGUACUGAUUCUAAAGGAAUGACAAAAGAUGUACUCAAAGACAAGUUUUAUGACAAGUCUAAGGCUUCAAGAAAAUCUCCUACGAAAGAAAAUAAUAAACCACAAGAAGCUUCAAGAAAAUCUCCUACAAAAGAAAAUACUAAACCACAAGAAUUCAAACUCCACACACAAGAAAGAGCUGUUAAACGUGCAAUAUUCAACUAUGAAGUGACAACAAAAUUAUAUCUCAUGGAGUUGAGAAAGAGACAAGAAGAGAAGUUGAUGAAGAUGAUUGAAGAGGAAGAGAUACGUUUGCUAAGGAAGGAAAUGGUUCCAAGAGCUCAAUUGAUGCCUUAUUUUGAUAAGCCAUUUUCCCCACAAAGAUCAAACAGAACAGUUGCAAGAGAAUCAUGCAUACACAUGCUGACUAGCAAAUGCUGGAGCUGCACUUCUGGCAAUGGAUUCUAUAACAUGCACCAAUGUGGUCAUCAAGCUCUUAACAAUCCCAUUAAAUAGAAGCUUUUAAUAUGGUUGUGUGAAGAAGCCUUUUAUUUGCAUGCAUGUUGUACAUUUUCCAUGCCAUAGAGAGAAAAAG